AAACGAACUGUUACGAGUGAUGGAAGAGUCAAUACGUGCUAAACCAAACUAUUUUUGUAAAAGUUGUUAGCUUUUGAUACCACAACAGCAACAAUAAUAAUUGAUGCAAUAGUAAUAAGAAUAAUAAUAAUAACAGUAUAAAAAUAACAUAAAACAAGCAGAGGGCAAUAAAGGGUUGUGUGCGCGUCGUCCCUUUUGUGUCUGAGUGUGUAUGUGUUUGUGUUCCUUCCAUUUUCGGCAAACGCAACAAAUUUUUGGCAAAGGCAGUCGAUGCGAGGACAGCAAUAAGAACAACAACAACAGUAACAACAACAACAACAACAACAAUAACGGCAAAGCAAAGCAAACGCGCGCGCAACAAUCAAACGCCCACGCACGCACACGUCCGUCUCGUGCCAACCUCCCCCCAACCCCCUCGACGUAGCUCCGAACUGAAAGCAGGACGAAGUCGUGACAGCGACAUGCGAAACGCGUAACAAAACAAACAACACAAAGACGCAACUGCCAUUCCACGUGAGAGUUGACGCAGAAGAAGAAGACGCAGAAGAUUUAGAAGCGUGUGACCAGGAGGAAGCCCGAAAAAACGACCAAUUUGCUAACUAAAAGUCUUAAAACAAAACUGCUGCAAACCGAAUGACUGAUUUUUCUGAACAUAUAAAAUUUACCUCUAACUAACUUUAUACCUAUCAAUACCAUAAACAAAAGCCAGCCCAAACAUACAUAUAUGCGGGAAUAUCAAAUCAUUUACUAUAUUUAGUAUUAGAGCUUGGCCUUAAAGUAGCUAGCUUUCGAAUCCAUUGACAAAGAAGCAACUGAAAAGUAACAAGAAGUGACCGCAAACCAGGCUUGGAAGGAUUUCAGUAGCUGUUCGUAGCGGGCGCGGAGAGAGAGGAAUGCAGCGUUGUCCCUAUCUACAUGAGAUGCGCGAACGUCUAUUGGAUCAGCCAAGGGAAACACUGCAGCUGGAGAGUAUGGAGCGUGCCAAUUUGCUGGACAAUCGCCAGUCGGCAACCGAGUCGAAUCAGGUCGGCACUGUGGUCAAGCUACAGGGUGAUGGAUAUCACACGAGUCCCGCUCACCAGAGGACGCCGCUAGUGCCGCAUGAUCUGGGCGAGGAUUUCAAUUUGGAUUUCGAUGAUGAUUUUCCGAUCGAUGCACGACGACCAAAAAAUGCCAAGGUUUGCUACACGUUCAAGCCAAAUCCAAAUAAGCACAGUUUUAUGCCAGCGAAAAUAACGGUCCAUGGCACAUAUCAGACAAAUCCGAUAACGGGACCAAUCGAACUAUGGACAUCGCUGUUCAUUGUGACCAGCCUGGUUUAUGCGAUUCUCUUGAUUGUAGUAUGCAUUGCAUAUGUGAUCAGUGAUGUGACCACACACCGACUGCCGGUGCUCUACUAUGAGACGUUCUUCACAUACCUAUACGGCACCAGCAUACUCUUCCUUUUGUAUGUCUUCUGUUUUUUGCUGCAGGAGAGCUCUUGCUGUAAUGGCGGCAAUGGCGGCAGCAAACCGAAACCACAGAUCAAAGAGAAGAAAUCGAAGAAAACUAAGAAUGCAGAUCCAGCCGAUUCGAAGGAUGCGAAGGGCUCUAAGGACUCUGGAAAAGCUGGCAAAGGCGCCGCAUAUCAGGAAGCACCCGUGGAUGCCGAAGUGGCCGUCACCCCGAAGAACGUGCGCAAGCGAAAGACCACGCACAGCGAUCCCACGCAUGGAAGUUUCUUUCUGCGCGUUGGUGCCAUCGCAUUUGGACUUGGUGCAAUGAUCUAUAUUGGUCUGGAAUUCGGUUCGUUCUUUGAGAUACCAUUCGAUUCGCCCUGCCAUCAUAUUUUGAUUGGCGUUAAUCCGUUGCUGCAGAUGAUCUUCACCUUUAUGCAGAUGUACUUUAUAUUCAUGAAUGCACGGCUCAACAUACACCGCUUCAAGGUAAUUGCCCGGUUCGGCCUGAUGCAUGUGGUGGCCACCAAUAUCUGUGUGUGGAUACGCACCCUGGUGAAGGAGUCGCUGCUGGAGAUCACGAUCUAUCACCAGAAGCGCGAAGCCGACCCCGAUGCCUCGUCCAUUGCCCAUUCGAUCAGGCAGCACGCGCUGCGUCAUGCCGGCACCGUGCUGAGAACCCAUGCUGGUCCCAACAGCGAGUUCGAGGUGCUGGACGGUGAGGAUGUGCUGCCGAAGAACGUGUACAAGAGCGACAAUGUGCUGUCCAAGCUGGUGCGCAACACCGUCGAUGGCAUCUCGAAGAGCCUGGGCAUGGGUGGCGGCAUUAGCAGCACCACCAGCAGCACCACCACCACGACCAGCACAAGGGCGCCAUAUACAACGCCUGGCUAUCAAUGGCACAGCACUACUAUGGCCCGCAAGCUGAAGAAGUUUAUCACAAGCACCACCGCUGCCACCAGCACGGUGGGUGGCAGCAGCAGCAGCAGCAGCAGCACAACCAGCACCACCACCAGCACCACAUCAACCACUAGCAUUCCAUUUGGCAGCGCUGCAACGGCCGCCGACGUCAUUAGCACGACCAGUGAAACGCCCUUCAAUAGCCUGGAGCGCAUCCUCUCAAGCGCUGCUCCGAGCCUGACGCCAGUCGAUGUGGCCGGGUCAACGUUGCCCGCUGCUGCCGAGGGCACCGCAACCUCCGGCGUCUCCGCAUUCUUUAACAAUCUGGUUACGUCCACGCCCAGCACAAGCGUCAGCCCCAGCAGCACCGAGAGCGCUGUGAAUAUUAUGAACAAUCUGUUUGGCCCCGGCAUGGAGACUAGCUUCCAAACGUAUUCGGAUAUAUCGCAUGAUGAGCCGAACGGCCUGAUCGCCUUUGAGAAUCUGGAGAGCCUGGACAACAUUUAUCCGGCGGCCUUGUCUUCCAACAUUGGCACACUCAACUCCACCGCCUGUGGACGCAUUGACAUAAUGGGCACUAUCGUCUAUGACUCGGCGCCGUAUCUGUAUCCGUUUAUCAUUGAGUAUUCACUGAUUGGCGCUGUGGUUUUGUAUGUCAUGUGGAAGCACAUCGGUCGCUAUCCGGGCAGGCUGAACGAUGAGGAUCUGGAGCAUAGGCUCGAGGUGAUGUUGUCCCGUCGAGCUGUUGCCAUGGCGCAGCAGGCACGUUCCGGUCGCGUCGACUGCGUUGGCUCAUCGAAGGGCCUGUUCUUUGGUCUGUUGCUGUUGGUUGGCGCGCUGAUUUGCUUGAUACUCUUCUUCGUCUUGGUGCGUCAUCAGCAGUUCUCGCUGUUGGCCAUUUACCUGGCCGAUGCCAGUCACUGCAUUCUAAUGGCUUUUGCCAUACUCGCUAUCAUUAUCGGUUUUAUCAGGGUCAAGAACUUGAAAUUCCGCUGCGAGGAGCAAUCGAAUCUAAAUGACAUUUUGCUGCGCAUCUCGGCCUUUGGCCUGUUCACCUAUUCCGUGUUCAGCAUCAUUGCCGGCAGUAUCAAGGUACUGGAGAGCGAGCCCAGCCUCUUGGUAACGACCACGGGCGGCGUUGCCGUCUUCCAGGUCAUUUUGCAGCUGCUCUUCAUAGCCGAUGUAUCGCGCCGUCGCGUCCACUUGCCGGAGCAUGAUCGCAGCAAGCCCGGCCGCCAGAUUGUCACCUUCCUACUCAUCUGUAAUGUGGCCAUGUUCGCCAUCUACACAUUCGAAGCUCAAAAAGUAUUCGCCAAUCCUGUAAGUAGAUAUGUGCAACUGGAGUUCUAUGGCUUUGUGCCCUGGUCCAUCAUACAGCGCAUAACACUGCCCCUGUGCAUUUUCCAUCGUUUCCACAGCGCUGUAACACUUGCCGAGAUCUGGAAGACCACCUACAAGGCGCGUUUGGAAUAAGCUGUUGCAACAAUGCAAAACGAACGAGUUUACAAAAUGCACCAAAACAUAAACAAAAAGUA